UCCUUAAAACCCUUCCUUUUUUCCUCUCUAAUAUUCUGUGUUAUUUUCUCUCUCUUCAGUCUUCAUUCAUCUGCCUCCUUUUUUUUCUUCUUCUCUUUCUCAUCCCGCUCUUUCCACUCUUCUCUCUCCUGCAUCAUCCGCUGGACGUGAGAGUUAGAGAGAGAAAUCAAUCAAACAAUCAAUCCUUAGUUGAACCCUAAAAAUGGAGAUCCAGCAAGCUGAACUGACGGCGCUACUAGGGCCUGACCCUGCACCAUUCGAGACACUUAUCUCUCACCUCAUGUCUUCCUCCAAUGAACAACGAUCUCUUGCUGAAUCCGCUUUCAAUCUCUGCAAAGAAUCAGAUCCUAAUUCACUUACGCUUAAACUCGCUCAUCUUCUUCAGUUUUCUCCUCACCUUGAAGCUCGCGCCAUGUCUACAAUUCUUCUUCGCAAGCUUCUCACUCGCGAUUCCAUGUCUGAUUCUUCUUCUUCUUCUUCAUCUUCGUAUGUCUGGCCUCGUCUUUCUGCGUCUUCUCAAUCCUCCAUUAAAACUAUCCUACUCGCUUGUCUACAACGCGAGGACGCCAAAACCAUCUCUAAGAAGCUAUGCGACACCAUCUCUGAACUUGCUUCUGGUAUUCUUCCUGACAAUGGAUGGCCUGAACUUCUUCCUUUUAUGUUUCAGUGUGUUUCAUCUGAUUCCUCCAAGUUGCAAGAGUCUGCUUUUUUCAUAUUUGCUCAGUUGUCGCAGUUCAUCGGCGAUACUUUGGUGCCUUUUAUUAAGGAACUUCAUCAAGUGUUCUUCAAUUGCCUCACCAAUUCUCCUUCUUCUGAUGUUCGAAUCGCCGCUUUGAAUGCUGUAAUUAACUUCAUUCAGUGUCUUGAAACCUCCGCUGAUAGGGAUAGGUUUCAGGACCUAUUGCCUGCUAUGAUGAAGACCUUGACUGAGGCCUUGAACUCCGGACAGGAGGCUACUGCUCAGGAGGCUCUUGAGUUGUUGAUCGAGUUGGCCGGGGCCGAACCUAGGUUUUUGAGGAGGCAGCUAGUUGAUGUAGUCGGCUCUAUGCUGCAAAUAGCUGAGGCCAAACAAUUGGAGGAGGGAACUAGACAUUUAGCGGUUGAGUUUGUUAUCACGCUUGCUGAGGCUAGGGAGCGUGCUCCAGGAAUGAUGAGGAAGCUGCCGCAGUUUAUUACCAGCUUGUUUGAGAUACUCAUGAAGAUGCUCUUGGAUAUUGAGGACGAUCCUGCUUGGCAUACUGCUGAGGUUGAGGACGAGGAUGCCGGUGAGACCGCCAAUUUCAGUGUUGCACAGGAGUGUCUUGAUCGCCUUUCAAUUGCUCUUGGUGGUAACACCAUUGUUCCUGUCGCGUCUCAGCUCUUGCCUGCUUAUUUGGCUGCCCCUGAGUGGCAGAACCAUCAUGCUGCGCUCAUUGCCCUGGCUCAGAUUGCUGAGGGUUGCGCCAAGGUGAUGACUAAGAAUUUGGAACAAGUUGUGAAUAUGGUUUUGACUUCGUUCCAAGAUCCUCAUCCGCGAGUAAGGUGGGCAGCUAUCAAUGCAAUUGGUCAGUUGUCUACUGAUCUGGGUCCUGAUUUGCAAAUGCAGUAUCACCAGAGGGUUCUUCCAGCCCUGGCUGGUGCUAUGGAUGACUUUCAAAAUCCUAGAGUACAGGCACAUGCUGCUUCAGCUGUUCUUAACUUCAGUGAGAACUGCACUCCAGAUAUUUUAACUCCUUACAUGGAUGGGGUAGUGAGCAAAUUGCUUGUUCUCCUACAGAAUGGCAAACAAUUGGUUCAAGAGGGAGCGUUGACUGCAUUGGCAUCAGUCGCUGAUUCUUCUCAGGAGCAUUUCCAAAAGUACUAUGACGCCGUUAUGCCUUAUUUGAAAGCUAUCCUGAUAAAUGCAACAGACAAAUCUAAUCGAAUGCUUAGAGCGAAAGCAAUGGAAUGCAUUAGCUUGGUGGGUAUGGCUGUUGGCAAGGAGAAGUUCAGGGAUGAUGCUAAACAGGUCAUGGAGGUGCUUAUGUCACUACAAGGAUCUCAAAUGGAAUCUGAUGAUCCAACAACAAGUUACAUGCUACAGGCUUGGGCUAGACUUUGCAAAUGCCUGGGACAGGAUUUCCUUCCUUAUAUGAGUGUUGUUAUGCCUCCUCUUCUCCAGUCUGCUCAGCUCAAACCUGAUGUGACCAUCACCUCUGCCGACUCUGAUAAUGAUAUCGAAGACUCUGAUGAUGAGAGUAUGGAAACCAUAACUCUUGGAGACAAAAGGAUAGGAAUCAAGACUAGUGUCUUGGAGGAGAAAGCAACGGCAUGCAACAUGUUAUGUUGCUAUGCAGAUGAAUUGAAGGAAGGGUUUUAUCCUUGGAUUGAUCAGGUGGCGCCGACUCUCGUUCCACUUCUCAAAUUUUAUUUUCAUGAAGAAGUUAGAAGAGCUGCGGUUUCUGCUAUGCCGGAACUAUUGCUUUCUGCGAAAUUAGCUGUGGAGAAAGGGCUUGCUCAAGGUCGUAAUGAAUCAUAUGUGAAGCAACUCUCUGACUACAUAGUUCCAGCCUUGGUGGAGGCUCUGCACAAGGAGCCUGAUGUUGAAAUUUGUGCUAGCAUGUUGGAUGCACUGAAUGAGUGUAUACAGAUUUCUAGCACCCUUUUGGAUGAAGGCCAAGUCAAAGCCAUUGUGGAUGAGAUUAAGCAGGUCCUAACUGCUAGCUCCAGUAGAAAAAGAGAGAGAGCAGAAAGAGCUAAAGCUGAGGACUUCGAUGCUGAAGAAGGAGAGUUACUUAAAGAGGAAAAUGAGCAGGAGGAGGAACUUUUUGACCAAGUAGGUGAAAUCUUGGGAACAUUAAUCAAAACCUUCAAGGGCUCCUUCUUACCCUUCUUUGACGAGCUGACAUCAUACCUGACACCUAUGUGGGGGAAAGAUAAAACUGCUGGAGAAAGAAGGAUAGCAAUUUGUAUCUUUGAUGAUGUUGCUGAGCAGUGUCGUGAAGCUGCUCUCAAGUACUAUGACACAUACUUGCCUUUCUUGUUUGAAGCCUGCAAUGAUAAGAAUCCAGAUGUCCGACAGGCUGCUGUAUAUGGACUUGGCGUGUGUGCAGAGUUUGGUGGCUCUGUUUUUAAGGCACUUGUGGGGGAGGCUUUGUCGAGACUAAAUGUUGUCAUCCAGCAUCCAGAAGCCCUUCAUCCUGAAAAUGUAAUGGCAUAUGAUAAUGCUGUUUCAGCUCUGGGAAAGAUAUUUAACUUUUAUCGGGACAGUAUUGAUUCAUCUCAGGUUAUUCCUGCAUGGCUAAACUGUUUACCCAUUAAAGGAGACCUGAUCGAGGCCAAAGUUGUUCAUGAACAGCUUUGUUGUAUGGUUGAGAGGUCUGAUGUGUUAGUCUUGGGCCCCAACAAUGCUUAUAUACCUAAGAUUUUAUUGAUCUUUGCAGAGGUUCUCUGUGCUGGUAAAGAUUUGGCAACAGAGCAAACUGCAAGCAGAAUGGUUAAUUUGUUGAGGCAUCUCCAGCAGACUUUGCCGCCAGCUACAUUUGCUUCGACAUGGUCAACAUUGCAACCACAGCAACAGCUUACUUUGCAGUCGAUCCUUUCAUCUUAAUUUUCCAAGUUGAUGAAGAUUUCAACUUGAUAUUCUGUCAUAAUGUUACGCCUGUUUGGCAUGCGAUUAUUACAUAUAUUCUUUGUCAACAUGCAUCACCUCUUCAUUCAUUUGUGAAUGUCACAUUUGGUCAGGUAUCUCUCGGUGGUCGAGGGUCCACAAAAGAAUCUCCUAUAGAUAUAAAGCAUAGUCAAUAGUGUUGUAUAGUGAAAGGUGAAGAAGUUAUACGUAUCAUUAUCAGUCUGGAAGUGCGAAGUUCUGGGCUGAUGCUUGCAUUAUGAGAUUUCAUUCAAGAAUCGGCAAAGGAGGCGAUUCUUGGUUCAGUUUUGGGCAGCAUGUUGCUUGCAGUUUUGAAAUUUUUUUUUCCUUGAAGAAAGUGUUAUUGUUAUGGACAUGAUUGUUUUUAAGAUGUAUGAAUAAUUAGUGUCUUGGGGAAAAGAGUUGUAGCUGUUGCAGUCUUAAAUAUUGGGUGCAAUAAAAUGGUGUUUAUUUUUUAA